AUGGCAAGAACAAUAUCUAGUGCUGGAACUAGCGGAGGUCAUGGUAGAGGCCGUGGUGAAAAUGAAGACUCUGGUCAAGGUCGUGGUAUUGGCCAAGGAACUGGACAGAGUAGAGGCCGUGGUAUUGGUCGUGGCACUGGGCCUGAAGUAGUUCAAGGUGUUGGCCGCGGUGCAGGUCGUGGAAAUGAACAAGCUGGAGGUCGAGGUACUGGUCGUGGAGUUGGAAGUGGUGCAGGCUGUGGUGGCGGCCGAGGUAGUGGUCGUGGACGCGGUCGUGGUGAAGCUGAAAAUGAAACUGCCAAUGAGCAAGCUGGAAUGCAACCAGACCCAACCAUGAUUGCCAUGAUCACCCAAGUGAGGGUCAAGUAUGUGGAGAACUCUUUCACUAAAGAUGCUUUGUCUUGGUGGAACACUCAGUGCCGAAUCAGAGGCAAAUUAGCGGCAGAGGCGAUGUCUUGGUAUAACUUCAGAGAGUUGAUGAUGAAAAAGUUCUGCACUGCAACUGAACUGGUGAAGCUCGUUCCACACUUGGUUGAACCUGAGAACAAAGGUAUAGAGAAGUAUUUUCGUGGGUUAAUUCCUCAGGUUAGAUCGACUAUGGAUGCUGUUCACCCACUUACCCUAGAGGAGGCUAUAUUGAGGUCUGAAGCUAUGACAGAGGAGUUGGUUCAGUGUGGAACUAUUACUACUGUUGGGACAAAAAGGAAGGAAACCAGUGGGAUGACAAAUCAGAAUUGCUUAACAUGCUACAACUGCAAUAAGACUGGGCAUUUGGCAAAUUACUGUCGGGAACCAAGGACUCAAGUGGCACCAUUGAAUCAAAGGAGACCAAUCGGAGUUCGUGGAGGAUGUUAUGAAUGUGGGGCCACUGAUCACUAUCGGAACACAUGUUCUCAGUGGGUUGGGCAACAGGUUCAAGUGGCAGUUCAUCCUAACCAGCUACAGAUUACUGAACCCAAUCAGAAUAGAGGCAAUCAGGCUCCAGCUGCUAGAGGUCGUGCUUUUGUUCUGAAUGCUGCUAAGGCUCGCAACGACCCGAACGUGGUUGCAGGUACGUUUCUUCUAAAUGGUCAUUAUGCUACUGUUCUCUUUGAUUCUGGAGCUGACUAUAGUUUUGUCGCAACUAGUUUCAUUCCUUUAUUGAGUGCUAAGCCGAGCCCUAUGUAUUUAUGUUUUGACGUAGAAAGGGCUAAUGAUGGGUUAGUCAGAUUAGACCAGGAUGUCUUCCCUGAUGAAUUGCCUGGCUUACCUCCGUCUCGACAACUUGAUUUUCGCAUUAGUCUCGUUCCUAAUGCAGCUCCUAUAGCAAAAUCUCCCUAUAGAUUAGCAACAACUGAAUUACAGGAAUUGGCCACGCAAUUAAAAGAACUUCAGGACAAAGGAUUCAUUAGACCUAGCCAGUCACCGUGGGGAGCACCUAUACACUUUCUGGGACAUGUCGUGAGCAAGGAUGGAAUACACGUGGAUCCUAGCAAGAUUGAUUCAGUCAAGGACUGGAGAACAUUAGAGAUACCGACUGAAGUUAGACAAUUUCUUGGACUGGCUAGCUACUAUAGAAAGUUCAUCGACAAUUUCUCUAAGAUUGUGUUGCCGCUUACGCAAUUAACUCAGAAGGAUAGGCCGUAUGUCUGGGGUGAAAAACAAGAGGCAACGUUUGUAAGUCCCGACUAUUACUAA